AUGUCUGAGCUAAGUGAUCUCAGGAAAGAGAUCAAGGCCUGGGAACAUUCCUUUCAGAAAAAGCAUGGGCGAGUACCUCUUCGAGAAGAUAUCAAGCAGAACAAUGUAAUUUCCAGUCUAUACAAACAGUAUCGUGAUCUUAAAAAAGGCCCUGCGAAGACACUAAAACUGCCUAAAAAGACAAGAAUAGAUGUACAAAUUGGAGAUUCCGAUGAAGACGGGAGUGGUACCGAUAUGGAGAAUACAACCAGUGUUGCUGUGGGUAUACAAUUGGGCCCGACCCCACAAGCAAAUGGUAAAAUAUUGUCUCUCUUUGACACUCGAAUGACUCCUCCCGAAUCGUCUCCCCUAAAAUCCAAGCAAACCUUGCAAGUAAAGGAAGAGGUCUCAGACGACAAGAUCUUUAAGACACCCACAAAGAAGCGAAUUGUUGAUAUCAAUGCUCAACUUCAAGCCGCAGCUCAUCAAACUAGUCUGUCCAUAAUAAAGUCAUCUCCAAACGUUCUGCCUGUACCCUCUCCUGUCAGGCAAACACCACGUUAUAUGUCACGAAACAUGUUCAUGGCCACUGAGUAUGGCCCUGUAACCCCUUCCAAACCUACACAAGGGUUCGAAGUGUCGCCAUCUCCACUCAAACCACAGCGACUUUUCAACUAUGGUACUAAACGGCUUGCAGACAUUUUCAACGAAGUUCAGUCUAUAAAGGAGAAUAUAGUCGUGCCUGAAGACUUGAAUGACCCGGUGAGUGAAGAAGAAGUCGACGGAGAAAAAUCUAGUGAAGGACCAAAACCCAAGAAAGCAAAGACUCAAAAGAGAACAACCCGUAGAUGGAAGAUCAAGCCCAGACCAGAAGCUGAAAACGAGACUAGUCUCGAAAAGAAGGAUAUCCAUGAAGCAAUCCAGGACAUAGACGAAAAGCGCCAGAGAAACCACGAACGGUACUUGAAUUCGGAAGAUGAAGAGUCUGACGCCGAACCUGAAAAGAUCAUUCCACAGGCUCUGGGCAAAAAGAUCAAACCAGUAAGCAUGAACUAUCAAAGGCUCAAGAUUAAUGAUCCCAGAGCCAAAGCAUUCAAGAGAAGGAUGAGACGUUAG